CCACGAACGUCGACCACCUCGAGACGAAUAUGGCCACGCCGGCCUGGCAGACGUCAGAGCUUGCUGACGAGUGGCCCGACGACGACGAUGACUGUACCCGCUCGAUCUCGCUUACCGCCCCGCUUGCCACCGUCAUAUCUACUCCCGCCACUGACAAGGACAACAACUACUCUGCCGGCACUUUUCUCGUGCACUCCGCCCUCCCUCCUGCCCGUACACCGGGCAAGACACGAGUCAAGGAUUUCUUCUCGCCGCUGCCUCUGGAGCGCAUGUUUGAUCCGCCCUCGCCGCCGCCCCAUCCCACGACGAGCUUGGUGCCACCCACCCUACCUAACAAUGCCAAGUUUACAUUCACCGUACCUAUCCCACCACCAGCUUUUCAAUCAACACCAAAUCUACCCCCCCAGCCCAUUGCUACACGUACACCGGGCGCCCUCAAACUAUUCCACUUCCAAUACGACACUUAUACUCGCGAACAUCUAUCGGCACUUGUCGACUCUAUUGCCCCUUCACCAUCAUUUCCUUCGUCUGAACCCACGCCGUCGCACUCGGAAGAUGCAGACGACUUUUUUCGUCUCAGGUCGGCCAAACGCGUCAAGCUCUCCCCACGGAGCGACUACUCUGAGGAGGACAUCCGGAUAUCACGACCACGCAUAUAUGGAAAGCAAUAUCUAGGCGAGUCACGAGAGCUCAUGCAGCAGAUCAGGAGUGCUAAAGAUUUCUCCACCGUCUCAACUGUAACAAGCAAAAGCAACAGCUCCCCACCAGCCCCUGCCAUCCGUCCCGGCUACUCUUCCUCCAAGUAUCGUCAAGAUGCUGCCAACCUUAUGGCUGCGAUACGCGACAACGUGCAAAGCCCACCGGUAAGCAACAAAGCUUCCGGGAAACGCGUCUUUUCGAGUAGCUCAGACGUAGAGGCGAGCUAUUAUCAUGAUGAGCGUACGCUAUCUGAACCACCUGCCCCAGGGUCGACAAGUGCAAGCUACGAACCGAAUCCGAAGGAGAGAGGAGAAGCUGCGGUGGAUGUUGUGGCAGCGGGAGUAGCGCGUCUUCAAGUCUCGCAACCACCUUACCCCUCGCUUUGGUCCGAUGACCUCAACCGGCUAGUAUCCUCAUCGACAACAACCGGCUCGACCCUUACGGCUGGGAGCUACGUUAAGCAUGCGGGACCGAGCGAUAAGAAGCAGCUACUGACGAUCCGGCCUGCGGAAGUUGCGAUGCCGGCGCGGAUGGGUGAUAUGGUCUAUGACCCCAGACAAAUGCGAUGGGUCAGGCAGGAUCAGCAGGGCGAUGACCAAAGUAGUAGUGCAGACGUGUUUGGUGACAUUGAGAGCUUGAGGGAUGGCGACGAGGAGGAGCACGGAGAGGACAGAAGGACGGACAUCGAGCUCAGUCGCGUCACAGAAGAGGAAGACGAUGAAGAAGAGAUAGGACUGACGAGUUUCGAGACUGACGAGGUCGUGGUUGUGAUGACGGGAGACAUUUCUACAGAUUCGGCAGACGAAGACCCUCCUCUUGUCCCCGUCGUUGUCGAGGACGACCCUCCGUCUUCUCCGGAUCCCGACACAUCGGGACGACCAGUCGUCAGGCCUGCACUCAAGAACUAUAACUACAACACACCAUUGAGUACACCAGUCACCAAGGCUACUGUGCAUCCACGAAGCGUCAGUUUUUCAGACGGAAAACGGGACGGUCAGAUACGGGGGUUGGGCCGAAAUGUCAGUCGUAGUGAGAGCACUGUUUCAGGGUCUGAUAUGCUCGGGUCAAGCUUCCAGUCGAGUCCGGGCAUGAGCACUCGGACCAAGAGAAUCGCGGAUCUGAUGGAAGCUGCACUCCAGAGUCCCCGUUCGACUUCGUGGGUGAGAACCAAGGGUGAGGGAACGUUAAGUUUCAGAGCCCCGGCUACCUUCAAACCCGCCACCUCCGUUAACGCAAGCUUCCUCACCGAGUGCUCGUUUGGAGUUGCUCAUGACCGGCUGGUGCAGAUAUUGACGGAUGUUGAGCCGUGGCAUCCCCAUUGGGAGACCAUUCGGUGUGUUGAUCUCAAAGGACGGGGACUGGAGAGUGUUGCUCGUUUAGGCGAACUGAUGCCCAGUCUCUCCGUCUGCUCUCUGAACAGUAAUGCGCUGACGUACUUGAGCGGUGUGCCAAAGGGAAUACGGACGCUGGGAGUUGCGGACAACCGGUUAACGAGUUUGACCAGUUUUGGACAUCUGGGGGCACUGGAGAGUUUGGAUGUGUGUGGGAAUGAGCUUGAUUCUCUCAGACUUUUAGAACUUUCGUGUCUACGGAACCUACGAGAACUCAAAGCAGAUGGUAACCGGAUAACUUCGCUGGAGGGACUGGAAGCGCUACAGCUUAUUAAACUGAGCCUGGCAGGUAACUGUCUUCGUGGUGUUGUGGAUAUCGGACACUGGGCCAAGGUAGAAGUGAUGAAUCUCAGCGGGAACCGGAUCGAGGGGCUGAAACGAGUUGAGAGACUCUCUCAGCUGGUGGUGCUGCACGUCGAGGACAACCAACUUGCAGAACUUGAUAUCGGGAGACUUGCUAAAUUGAGGAUUCUUCGUGCGAGCGGGAACCGGAUAAAGAAGGCAGAGGUCGGGGGACUAGUUGCACUGCGAACGUUGUAUCUCGAUGGCAACUGUUUGAAGACAGUAGGAGGACUCGAUCGACUUUGUCGCCUGGAGAAGCUGAGCGCUCGGAAUCAAAACGCGACGUAUGUGUUGGCGACGCGGGAUGUCCGGGACGUGAAGCGGCUGUACGUCAGCGGAAACAAGGUGCCCAAGUCGUUGUUUGCCGACGAGGCAUGUUACAACUUGUAUUAUCUUGAAGUUGCUGGCUGCGCAAUACGGGAGCUGCCGACGAUGUUCGCACAAAUGGUGCCCAAUGUGCGAAUCAUCAACCUGAACUACAACCAGCUGAAGAGCAUCGAACCAUUACGUGGGUUGCGACGCGUGAAGCGACUGUCAGUUGUUGGGUGCCGACUGGAGACAACACAAGGAAUCGUACGCACGCUGCGAGGGAUGGAGGAGCUGGAGGAGGUUGACUGCCGGAUGAACCCGUGCACAUUGGGAUGGUAUGCACCAGUGCUGAAGAGAACAGCGGAGGGAUGGGCGGAGCUGGACAGGGGAUUCCGACGGGGGCUACCUGAUCCGGUAUACGUCGGGCGACUUGCAUACCGUGGGCUGGUGAUGGCGGGAUGUGUGGGGGUACGGGUGGUGGACGGGGUGGCUGUGACGGGGAAGGAGCGGGCGAAGGCGUCGGGAGUGCUUCGGUCGCUGGGCAAACCGGUUUGA